AUAUAUAGUCGAGUGGCGCGACGUGAGGGAGGAAGAAGUAACGUCGUAGAAAUUUAUCGUCGAGGUUAAAUUUUGCUCACACGAGCUUUUACACCUGUCAGAAUCUCGGACGGAGUGUUUGUCGUCCUGAAAAGUAUGAUCGAACAAACGAAAGAGGAAAUUAGGAAAACUUAAGGAUGCACGUAGGUUAGAGCAUCGCUCCAUCUGGAAGAUUUUCCGACUGGAUAAGCGAUAUUUAAUACGUAUGAUGGACGUAGAGAGGAUCGCGAUGUUUGCCGGCGUGGGCUUCGCCAUCGCUGUCGGCCUGUUUGUCCUGUGGGGUCCCUCGCCCAAACCCAGAAAAAAAGGCCAAGUUGUCGGGAUCAAUAAUUUUGGAUAUACAUGUUUCCUGAAUUCUCUCUUGCAAGCCCUGGCUGCUUGUCCUACGUUUAUUCUCUGGCUUCAAAGAGAGCAGGAGAAGAAAAGAAACUUUGCAGAUACACUAUUGUCUAUCCUCAAGAAGAUUAAUGGUUUUGCGGAGGACUUGUACGGUGAUGUGACACCUGUUGAAAUCAUUUCUUCCAUCGGUUCGUUAUGGAAUUUUGGACCUGGUCAUCAAGAUGUUCAUGAGCUAUUUCAUGUAGUUCUUAGCGCAUUAGAUGCUGAAAUGCAGCCUGCAAAUAGAAUAGGCUCUUUAUCUGACGCGCUGCCGCCAAGUCCAAAUACAGAGUUAAAUAUGAGAAAAGUAACUGACAGUCCUGAAGCUCAGGUUCUGAAUCUCAGAAGUGCAUCCUGCAACGACAUUGCAUCAGUGAAAAAUGGUACAGAUACUUCAAAGGGUUUCGAUAAGAACUGCAACAAUCAAAUGAUGACCUCAACGUCAUCCAUAUCUAGUAUGUCUCCAAGUAUCGGGUGUAAACCCGGUAUGAUCCUUGCUAGAUCCUCGGAAUUGCUGUCGCGAAGUAUUCAAAGCAAUGGCGAUUGCAAAAGUCCCUUCAGGUCGUGGAAAUCUCUAUGUACCAUGCCUUUUAUCAACAUUCCGUCAGUCUCGAUAGAGACGCAUCCGUUCUCGGGUCUAAUCACUAGCCAAAUUCAGUGCAACAGCUGUUUCUGGAAGUCUUCAGUACGUUACGACAAACUCGAGACUUUAUCGUUACCAUUACCGCCAUUUAGUAUUCUACGACAAUAUCAUACUUUGGAAUGGUUGCUAUCGCGUUUUGUGGAUAGCGAAAUGAUACGUGACGUGCAAUGUGAUGGAUGCUCGUUGCGCUGUCCUGCUGUCAAGACCCUCACUCUUGGAAAAUUACCCAAGUGCUUAUGUUUGCACAUCCCGAGGACAACGUGGAGUCCCUCGGGCGUGUUAAUUAAAAGAGACGAUCAUAUUACGUUUCCCGAACUUCUGGUGCUUGAUCCUUACACUUACACAGAGACGAAAAAGAGGAACGCGCAGGGUGAUGCGGUGAAGUUUCUCGAUAGCAGUUUGACAACGAUACAGGGUAAACAUAAAUAUCGAUUAUGCGCGGUGAUCGAACACCGCGGUCCAGUGGAUUCCGGUCACUUUGUUUGCUUUAGACGCGGAAAUAAAACGGAUCAAUGGCUGUACACGUCCGACAUCGUCGUCGAGAGCGUGUCUCUAACGCAGGUGCUGCUUGCUAGCCCGUACCUGCUUUUCUACGAGCGCAUUAGCAGCGGCGUUUGUCCUAGCUAGGAAUAAAUUUUCGAGGUGAUAGGCAAUCGAUAAGAAUUACAUAAUUGCGCGUCGGUCCGUUCUGUUUUUAGCUACGCUCUAUCACGUUUUUAACAUUUAAAGAGGUAUUAUAGCGUUGGAAAUAAUGCGGAAGGAUAGAAUUGCAGAUUUGCAAAUAAACGUAUAGGAAGUGCAGCUGAAAGAAGAACAGAAAUAAGAUUUAAAAAUUACAAGAGACUGUCGAAUUUUCCAUAAUUAGUUUAGUAUCGCUAUCGAUAUUGCGAUGUAAUGAUAAUAUACUUUGUUAUAAUAUGCGACUAUAGAAUGUGUCCUUAGGUAAUAUUUUAUAGCAGUGGCGAAAUAUAUCAAGUAUAUAAUCCAAAAUUCAGAAGCAUUUCAACAGAUACGAUAAUAAUUGCCAUUAUUAACGCUAGUGAAUUUAAUGUAGUUAGUUUUGUGAAAUUUCUUGCUUCUAACACGUAAAUUUCUACGAAAGAGAGACUGUCAAUUCUUAUACAAAUCGGUUUUUUGGAUCAAUUCAUCAUCAUUGAACUUCAUUUUAAUGAGGACUAGGAUCGUGCCAAUGAAAAAAUCUCCGAGUGAAAUUUAUUGAAAGAGAUAAAUGAGAUCUUGUAUUUUUUUAUAUAUAUUUAUGUUUAUAUCUUAUAAAGCUCUUCAACUUCUUGCAAUAUGUGCAAUUGUUAAGAAUAUUACUAUAAUUAUAAAGAC